UGUUCAUUGGCUGAUUUUGUUGCCAUUCUGCGAAAAACACAUUCUGAUUGGAUAUCUAUAAAGGCGUGUUCUACGCUCGAAACGAAUAGCUCGUCACUGAUUGGUCAACGCGAUUGUCAAUGUCAGUUGGUUCGUGUCACGUGUCCAACGCAACAUGGCUGCUACCACAGAGUGUGGAGCCGAUUCAAAUAUGUUAGGAAACAACAUGUCGCUGAAGAAAGCUUUCUCUGCGGCUUCUCCGCUCACUCUGUGUGUUAUCGCCGAGUGCCCGGUGACAAAAGCAAGAGCCUGUGAUCUUAUACUGCCACAUUCUGACGUCAGCACCCCGGUGUUCAUGCCUGUCGGUACCCAAGGCACUAUGAAGGGAAUCACCGUGGAUCAGCUGGAAGGUCUUGGGUGUCAGAUAUGUCUGGGGAACACGUACCACCUGGGCAUGAGACCGGGACCAGAGCUGAUCGAGAAAGCCAGUGGUUUGCAUGGGUUCAUGAACUGGAAGAGAAAUCUGCUAACAGACAGCGGAGGGUUUCAGAUGGUGUCUCUUGUGGAACUCUCGGAGGUCACCGAGGAAGGAGUGAAGUUCAAGUCCCCGUAUGAUGGCAAAGAGAUUCUCCUAAGUCCUGAGAAGUCCAUCAGCAUACAGAACAGUCUGGGGUCAGACAUUAUGAUGCAGCUGGAUGACGUGGUCAGCAGUACCGUGACCGGACCACGGGUGGAGGAGGCAAUGCACAGAUCCAUUCGCUGGCUGGACCGAUGCAUAGCAGCCAAUAAAAAUCCAGACAAACAGAACCUUUUUGCCAUAAUCCAGGGCGGGUUGAAUUCAAAGCUGCGCAAGGCCUGUCUAGAUGAAAUGACAAAACGUGAUGUUCCUGGUUUUGCCAUUGGCGGCCUGAGUGGAGGAGAGGAAAAGGAUGACUUCUGGCGGAUGGUCACACUAAGCACCGACCACCUGCCACGAGAUAAGCCUCGAUAUCUCAUGGGUGUAGGGUAUGCCGUGGAUUUGGUGGUGUGUGUAGCUCUGGGCUGUGAUAUGUUUGACUGCGUGUUCCCCACCCGCACUGCAAGGUUUGGCUCUGCCUUGGUGCCCUGGGGAUCUCUUCAGGUUAAACAAAAACAGUAUGCGAAGGACCUCCAACCCAUAGACCCAGACUGCCAGUGUCCCACCUGCAAGAGACACAGUCGGGCUUACCUCCACGCUCUGUUCAAGAGUGACACCGCAGCCAUGCAUCACAUCACCAUCCACAACAUCGCCUAUCAGCUCUCCCUGAUGCGCUCUGUGAGACAGAGCAUCAUCGAAGGCCGAUUCCCCGAGUUUAUACGGACGUUCAUGAAGCGAAUGUUUCCCUCUCGUGACCAGUAUCCCAGCUGGGCUGUGGACGCUCUCGCCUCCGUCAACGUUACACUGGAGUAGAACCAGAACCACAGCUGCUCUCCAAAUGGGUGUAUAACUGUCAAACAGUGACUGAGAUUUUAUAUCUUUUUAAAUGACUCUUUUUAUGGAUGAUUGUUUUUUUUCUACUCUUUGUUUAUACUUGUAUAUGCAUCGCCGGUUUUGUUGGCGAUGAAGAAGAUGGCUUUUGAUCUGAAGGGAGAAAGCCUGAUUGUCUUUUUCGCAACAACCUUCUUUACUCAGCCUCCAAGAAUUGUCCUCAUAGUACACAUUAUCAUAAUGUGAGACCGAAUGGGGUUUAAAUGAGGUUUGAAACACAUGAACUAUCUCCUCCGAUAUGCUCAGACAGUUUUGUGUUGUUACCAUGGCUACACAGUUGGCCCACCCACUUGAAAUGAAACGUCUUGCCUUCCUGUCA